GCAACAUAAGAAAAAUAAAACAGGUCAAUACAAAGCUGUAUGAAAUUCCUCUUUUCUGUUUUUUAGAAUCCAUCUGAGAAUAUGCUGCCACAAAUAGCCUUUUUGCUGCUUAUGUUCUUGAACUUGGUUCAUGGAGGAUUUUAUGCUGAGCGGUACCAAACACCCACAGGUAUAAAAGGCCCACCACCCAACACCAGGACACACUUCUUCAUUCCCUACAGCAUAAAGAAUAGAGGUAUAUCAGUAAGAGAAGAACAAGGUAUUCCUGGUCCUCCAGGCCCCGCUGGACCUCGAGGACACCCGGGUCCUUCCGGUCUACCAGGAAAGCCAGGCUAUGGAAGUCCUGGACUCCAAGGAGAGCCAGGGUUGCCAGGACCACCAGGACUAUCAGCCACUGGGAAGCCAGGUUUGCCAGGACUCCAAGGGAAACCAGGGGAGAGAGGACCAUAUGGACCAAAAGGAGAUAUUGGACCGGCUGGCUUACCAGGACCACGGGGCCCACCAGGGCCACCUGGAAUCCCUGGUCCAGCUGGAAUUUCUGUGUCAGGAAAACCUGGACAACAGGGACUUACAGGUGCCCCAGGACCUAGGGGCUUUCCUGGAGAAAAAGGAGCACCAGGAGCCCCUGGUGUGAAUGGACAGAAAGGGGAAACAGGAUAUGGUGCUCCUGGCCAUCCAGGUGAAAAGGGCCUUCCAGGCACUCAGGGUCCCAUAGGACCACCUGGCCCUCCUGGAGUGGGAAAAAAAGGUGAAAAUGGGUUUCCGGGACAGCCAGGCAUCAAAGGUGAUCGGGGUUUUCCAGGAGAACAGGGAGCAACUGGUCCACCAGGGCCCCAAGGUCCUCCUGGGGAACGAGGACCAGAAGGCAUUGGAAAGCCAGGAGCUGCUGGAGCCCCAGGCCAGCCAGGGAUCCCAGGAGCAAAAGGCCACCCUGGGGUUCCAGGAAUAGAUGGGCCUCCAGGGGCUCCUGGCAUUGGAAAGCCAGGCUUGCCAGGUAUGAAGGGUCAAAGAGGACCUGCUGGCCUGCCAGGGGGUCCAGGUGCCAAAGGGGAACAAGGGCCUGCAGGUCAUCCUGGGGAGCCAGGUCUGACUGGACCCCCUGGAAAUAUGGGACCCAAAGGACCAAAAGGUAUCCCAGGCAACAAUGGCAUCCCAGGCCCUAAAGGUGAGACAGGGCCAGUUGGGCCUGCAGGAGCCCCUGGUGCUAGAGGAGCAAGGGGUCCCCCUGGGUUAGAUGGAAAACCUGGGUAUCCAGGAGAACCAGGUCUCAAUGGUCCUAAGGGCAACCCAGGGUUACCAGGCCCAAAAGGUGACCCUGGAGUUGGAGGACCUCCUGGUCUCCCAGGCCCUGUAGGCCCAACAGGAGCUAAGGGAGUCUCUGGACAUGACGGUGAGUCUGGUCCAAGAGGUGCUCCGGGAAUACCAGGUACUAGAGGCCCCAUUGGUCCACCAGGUAUUCCAGGAUUCCCUGGAUCUAAAGGUGAUCCUGGAAACCCAGGUCCUCCUGGCCCAGCUGGCAUAGCAACUAAGGGCCUCAACGGACCCACUGGACCACCAGGGCCUCCAGGUCCAAGAGGCCACGAUGGAGAACCUGGUCUCCCAGGGCCCCCAGGACCUCCAGGUCCACCAGGCCAAGCAGCCAUGCCUGACAGCUUUAUAAAGUCAGGGCAAAGGCCCAGUCUUUCUGGGAUGCCUCUUGUCAGUGCCAACCAGGGAGUAACAGGAAUGCCUGUAUCUGCUUUUACUGUUAUUCUCUCCAAAGCUUACCCAGCAGUAGGUGCUCCCAUCCCAUUUGAUAAGAUUUUGCAUAACAGGCAACAGCAUUAUAACCCACAAACUGGAAUCUUUACCUGUAGGAUGCCAGGAAUAUACUAUUUCUCCUACCAUGUGCAUGUGAAGGGGACUCAUGUUUGGGUAGGCCUAUAUAAGAAUGGCACCCCCAUAAUGUACACCUAUGACGAGUAUACUAAAGGCUACCUGGAUCAGGCUUCAGGAAGUGCCAUAAUAGAGCUCACAGAAAAUGACCAGGUGUGGCUCCAGCUGCCCAAUGCUGAGUCAAAUGGCCUAUAUUCCUCUGAGUAUGUUCAUUCCUCCUUCUCAGGAUUCCUAGUAGCCCCCAUGUGAGCACUUCCAACCAAGCUGGUCUAAAUCUUCUGCUUGAAAAGGGAUUCCCCAAUUCCAUCCCACCCACAAGAUGCAUUUGGAGGUAGACUGAAAAUAAUGUGAGCAAUUUUCAUUUUCCAAAAUACAGAGUUGAAUUUUCAGACCAAAAAAAAAUUUCCCCUAUAAAAAUGAGCACAACAGUAAAUAUGUGAAGACCCUUAUGAGUUUCUAGUCAGCAAUCCUGAAGCCUUUUGGGGGUUUUCUGUAAACUUCAAUAUUGAAAACUCACCAUAAA